AUGUCGACACCAACAGCACUUGAAGAUUAUCAUAAACAGUUAAUACAAUAUUUUCUACAUGAUGGUGCUUAUAAUGAAAAAGAAAUGAUUGAUCUUUUAAGUGCUUUACGUGAUCGAUAUGAAUUAAAAAUAAAAAUUAAAGAUGAAAUUCGUACAUUAACAAAUGUUUUCUUACCAUUAAUUAAUAAACAUAUUAAUCAAUAUGGUAUUGAAAUAAAACAAGUUACAAGUGAAGAACAUGAAAAUGAUAUUUUUUUUGUAUGCAUACAAAAUUUUAAACCACAGUUUGUUAAAAUGGAUUGUUCAUAUACAGAAAAAGAAGCAGCAAUUUUUGAAAAAUUAUUGGAAUUGGUUAUAACGAGUGAUGAAAAAUGUGUAGCACCUCGUGAAGUAUUCGAAGCAGUUCUUGCUAAUGAUUUAAAAGUGACACAAAAGGAAUUUGGUGAAACAAUGACACGUCUUCAUCAUGAUAAAUGGAUUGAAAGUGGUCCAAAUAAUACUGUUAUACUUCAUGCUCGAGCUAUAUUAGAAAUGCAAUCAUUUAUUAUGGAUACAUAUAGAGAUUUGAUUUACAAUUGUCAAAUAUGUACACGUCUUUUAAUUCGAGGAUUAAAUUGCUCAAAUAGUUCAUGUGAUAUUCAUAUGCAUCGUUCAUGUGCUGCUCGAUAUUUUCUUCGAUUAUCAAAUUCGACUAGCAAUUCAACAACGAAAAAAACUGCUUAUCCAUGUCCAGUAUGUAAACAAGAAUGGAAUAAAAAUGAUGUUACUAGUAUAUUAAAAGCAAAUAAUGUCAAUGGCGAAAAUGAUACUGAACAAUCAAAUGAAACAGCUCAUAAAAAACAGCGAACAUCGAGAACAAAUAAUCAUAAUAAUAGUACAAAUAAUCGAUCUAUUCGUUCAACUCAUCGUCAACUUAUGAAUGAGAGUGAUGACGAUGAUGAAUAA